AUGUCUUCACUUCCUUUCCCGCAUCGCUUCCAGACCCAGGCCCAACUGGACCUGGUGCGCCGCCUGGUGGGAUGGACCUCGCCGGAGAACGCCAAGAAGAUCAGGGCCGGCAAAAUCCCCCUCCGCGACCUUGCUCCGGGGAUCGCGCGUGGGCCCGGCGCCGACUUCACCAGGGCGGAGCUGGAGGUCGCGAUCCGGGGGAUGACAGGCGAUGCAUUCAGUCCGGAGUCCCUAGUCCUCCCGAGCGGGGUGAAGGCCCUGUGCGAGGACCAGGCACUGCGGGCGUCCCUCACUUCGGACGCCACAAGCACGUCCGUCGGAGCCGCCUCAGCUGGGGGGUCCGGCCCCCAGCCAGUACCAGCAGCAGCCAGACCCAGUGGUCCGGAACCAGAGGCCGCCACACCCCCAAGGCCUGAGCCCAUCCCGGAGGAGGAGGCCGCCGGACCUGCUGCAUCGACCGAGGCGCCUGAAGCAGCAGCAGUACCGGACGCCGAGCUGGAGCCUCCUCCAGCUGAACCAGUAGCAGCAGCCGAGGCGGCGGCGGCAGCGCCGGAGGAGGCGACGACGCCAGAGGCAGCGGCGGCGCCGGGGGUGGCGGCGCCGGAGGCCACAGAAGUCGCCAGCACCACCACUCCACCUGCGCAGGAGGAGGAGCCGGAGGUGGUGCUGGGGAGGCGUCUUCUUCCAAGUUCAGCGGAGGUCCCGCUCCCUUGCCUUUUUGCCAAAAGCCUGCGGGUUCAUGACGAACUGGAGGCAGGGAUCCGGCGGGAGUGGGAGAAGCUGGAGGCGGAGCGCCACCGGCUCCUCGACUGGGAGCAACGCCUGGGGGACCGCAUCAAAGCGGCCGCACGGCGGGAGGCGCAUGCCCUCGAGCGGGAGCUCCUGGUGGAGACGAGGGUGCAUGCGGCGGCGGAGCGGGAGAAGACCUCCCUGGAGUUGGCCGACCAGGCCAAGAGGUUGGUGGAGAUGACCGCGGCGCAGGAGGCCACACUUGCAGAACUGGCGGCAGCCGCGGCAAAGAGGGAAGAAAGGCUUGCCGCCCGCGAAGCAGAGGAGGUGGCCCGGCUUGAGGAGCUCCAGGAGCGAGAGGCGGCCGUGGAGAAGGAAUUGGCGGCCGAGACCCGGAGGCUUCGGGAGCGUGAGGCGGCCCUCCAGGAGAGGGAGGCGAAGGUGGAGGAGUUCCAGGCGGAGCGGAGCGCCAGCAUCGGCUGGAUCGUAAGAUGGGCCGGUGAGGUGAACUCCUCCCUGGGAGCUCUCGGAGCAAACCCCAUCUGGGUGGCGGAGACUCCUUCUUCACUUGGCGUCGCCCUCCAGGUGCUGGACUCCACCGCCGAGAGGCUACAAGGCCUGGAGUCCGGCAUGCUCGACCUUCUGGAGACAGAAGGGAGAGCAGUUGCCCGGGGGACGGCUGAGUACAUUCUUACCGGCUUCCGAAGCCAUGACCUCGCCAUCCAACUAACUCCCGUCCUGGUUGGCCCCAUCCGGGCGACGGCGGCCGCCGCGAAGGAGGGUGUGCAGGAGGCGGCCGACAUGGUGGUGUCCCGCAUACGACGUCGUCCCGACGCCACUGGACCACCAGGGCAAUAG